AUGGCUCGUUUUACCAAGAAUUCAGAUCGCGAGUAUGAUGUUGUUCUUCUCGGAGCUACAGGAUUUACAGGUCGCUUCGCUGCGAUGCACCUCGCAGAGAUUGAUCAUGAUAUGAAGUGGGCCAUCGCAGGUCGCUCUGAGGCGAAAUUGACUAAGUUGGCCGAAAAGCUCAGACUGAAGACUUCUCAGAACCUAGACGUCAUUCCCGUCGAAUUUACGACCAAAUCGCUUGCUGCUCUGGCCAGGCAAACCCGAUGCUUGGUUGCGACGGUGGGCCCUUUUCCCCAGCAUGGUGUCUUGGUGUUCAAAAGCUGCGCGGAGAAUGGGACUCAUUAUGUUGACAUUAACGGCGAGACUCCUUCUGUACUGGAAAUGAUCAAAGCUUAUGAAGACACUGCAAAGUCAACGGGUGCCAUGAUGAUACCUUCGUGUGGAGUCGGCAGUCUGCCUGCCGACCUUCUCACAUGCCUCAUGGUUAAAAAGAUCAAGGAGACAUUCGACUGCCCAACAUCGGCUGCUCUGAUAUCAGUCCAUAGCUCGAGAGUGCAAGCAAGCGGUGGUACACUGAAUGGCUUAGUAACUUCUGUCUCAUCAUACGGCUUCAGAAACAUUCUUAAGGCCGGGAAGCCUUGGGCGUUAUCGCCUAUCCGUCCAGCGAGAUCUCAGGCUGAUGAGAGCAGAAACGUCAGCAAAGAUACAAUUGAGCGACUUAAACUUGGUACGCUCGGAUUUGGAAUGACGGGGGCGCAUGACCAAGCAAUUGUUCAACGAACAUGGGGUUUGCUGCAGCAGGCAGAACAUAGCGGCCUCAAGCUCACAUCAUACGGUCCGAAUUUCGACUUCAGGAGCGUUCAGCGAUACCCGUCUGCAGUGCAUGGUUGGGCUUUCUGGUCUCUUGUUUGGGUUAUGACCAUCCUCCCGGCGAUUCUUCCGCCCGUGAAAUGGUUGGUAAAGCUGCUCGUACCACCAGGCUCUGGACCGAGUGAGCAAGAAAGGCAGAAGAAUUUUAUUGAGUACCGCGGCGUGGCUAUCGCAGACCUGAAAGAAAAUGCGCAGGAUUUCCAAGGGCAGCCUCUUCUCCAAAGAGGGGUGCAGGCGAAGCUGAAAUACAACGGCGACUCCUACGUGUUUUCGGGCAUGAUGGCGGUUGAGGCAGCUAUGAUUUUACUCGACUCUGGGAAGGAUUGUGCCGCACAGAAAUUGGGAGGCGGGAUUCUGACGCCAGCAACGUUGGGACAGCCUUUGGCUGAUCGGCUAAGAACAGCCGGGGUGCAAAUCGAAGUAGAAGCACUGAUCUUGUUGACGCGUACUAAUCAGAUUCCAGCUGCAACUCUUCAUCAAUGGUCGACGUCGACGAUGAAGCUCAUCGAUGUGAGGACACUGAAAAUAGAAGAGGUCUUUGACGAAGAAAUCCCCAGUUAUGUCAUCCUAUCUCAUACUUGGGAUGAGGGGGAAGUCAGCUUUCAAGAUUUUCAAGACAUCGAUGUCGCCCAGAACAUGAAGGGGUUCGAGAAAAUCGAGGAAAUGUGUCGCCUAGCUCGAGCUCGUGGAGUUGACUAUGCUUGGGUAGACACCUGCUGCAUUGACAAAACGAGCAGCGCGGACCUUUCGGAAUCGAUCAAUUCAAUGUUCAGAUAUUACCAUAACGCGGAGGCCUGCUACGCAUACUUGGCAGACAUGCCCCGUACACGAUCUUUGGAGAAGCACCUACGCCACUGCAGAUGGUUUACCAGAGGCUGGACACUUCAAGAAUUGCUCGCUCCCGCUGAAGUGCGGUUUUAUGAUCAGGAUUGGAAUCUGUUGGGUACGAAAGACUCCUUGGUCGAGAUCAUCUCAGACAUCACCGGAAUUCUCUGCGACGUGCUGCUUGGCAAGACACCCCUGUGGGACAUCCCCGUAGCGACGCGAAUGGCAUGGGCGGCUACAAGAAGCACGAGACGAAAGGAGGAUAUGGCAUAUUCGUUAUUAGGCAUCUUCGACAUAAAUAUGCCAAUGCUCUACGGAGAAGGUCAGAAAGCAUUUCGACGACUACAGGAGGAAAUUUGCAAAAAGGACGACGAUACCUCGUUACUCGCAUGGGAUUCUCGCAGACCCCUCCACUCCCGAACUUCAGUGGCCUUCGCUUCAUCUCCAGCGGAUUUCGCCGGUCAUGAAAAAACGCAAGCAAUCACACGCUUUCGAAAUUAUGAUAUUGGGAUGGAACUGACCAGCAGAGGCCCUCGCUUUAUGGGAAGGAAUCUUUGCAUGGUCGUGAUCCCGUCAGACAAUGAUAUCCAGAGACCUUGUCCCGAUGGUAUUUUAGGCCUCGCCAUUGUACCCAAGCCUAUAUUGCUACCAGAAGAGGAUAACGGAGGAAUUAUUCGAUACGUUCUCCGCCUGGAUAUUGGCACUUCAACUCACCGUUGCGGUAUCUUUCUCGAAAAGGUCCAGCCGGACCUUUUCCGGCGAGAUUGCAAUUUGCCCAUGGCUUUGAUGUCAUAUAAGCUCGACCAUCUGACCGAGUACCAAUCCUCAUUCGUCAUAGUUGAGGACCAGCUUUCAUACCGCAGGCCCGACACCACGCUUUGGGGGAGACACAAAAGUGUGCACAUCCCUAUAGAUAAGCGUAUCACGAUUAGUCGCAUUUUACCAAGGACAUCGUGGGAUAUUUGUAGUCGACUUCUUUUUGCACCUCGAUUUUCUACACAGGUGCAAGCUUUGAAGUUGGUUAUGAAUCUUCAGCCGACAAAACUUGAGCUAUGGAUGCUCUGCGACCGGAGACAUAUCCAAAGCAGUGGGAGGCCUAGAAUCUUGCUACUGGAUGCAUCCCCAUCGAGGUCAGACACAACAGAUAUUGGGAUUCAAGCAUUCCUUCGUCAUAUUAAUCGUGAAGAGGAGGAAGAUCACUGGCAUGCCAUGAUCUCAGAGGGUUUCAAGCCUGAUUCGUUCAAUGACUCUAUCACAGCAGGGCUCGGAACCCAACGAUACCGGAUUUCGGCUUUAGUCGACGUAAGAACUGUCAAGCUUAAGGGAUACGAUGUCAAAGAGUUUUCUAUUAGGUUUCACAUUAGACAUAUAUAA